AUGUCCAAGAUCGUUACCGUCAUCGGUGCCACCGGCAUUCAAGGAGGCUCGGUCAUCAGGGCGCUUGUAGACAGCCCAGAAUACUCGCUGAGAGCAGUCACACGCAACACUGAGAGUCAUGCUGCGAAGGAGCUUGCAGCUCGCGGCGUUGAGGUGGUUGGGGCUGACAUCAAUGACGUCGGGUCCCUCCGGGAGGCCUUUGCUGGCAGCCAAGCUGUCUUUGCUGCGACCAACUUCUUCGAGGCACUCCCAACACUCGGAAUUGAGAAGUCGAUGGAGAUGGAGACCCGUCUUGGCAGGAAUAUUGCAGACGCAGCGGCUGCGACCGAGUCUCUGGAGCACUACGUGUGGUCCACCCUUCCCAAUUCCCGCAAGAACACGGGCGGGAAAGUCGUGGUCCCCUAUUACGAAAGCAAGAACCGUGUUGACGACCAUAUCAAAGCUCAACACCCACAACUGCUGCGCAAGACCACUUUCCUCUGGCUUGGUUGGUACGCGAGCAACAUGGAUUACCCAUGGUACAGGCCGAGCGAAGUUCACACAGCCGGCGACGACAGGCUGUACGUCCAGCUGCUGAGCGUAUCGACAUCAGUAAAGAUCCCGGUUCUCGGUGAUGAGAAGGUGAACCCGGGCCUUUUCGUGCGAACCAUCCUCGACCGCCCAGACCUGACCCUCCCAGCCAAAGUUGUGGCGGGCAUGGACGAACAGCUGGCGCUCUCGGAGAUCGCGCGAGUCUACGGCGCUGCACAAGGUAUUAAUGUGCGAAGCGUGCAGAUCACCAAGGCGGACUACGAGAAGCUCUGGCCUGCCUGGGGAGAGCUGAUGGACGUGUCGCAUUCCUACAUGGAGGUCAUGGACGGCAAGGGCUUCACCAGCGUUGAUGAGGACGUCCUGUCUAAGGAGGAUCUCGGGGUGAAAGGCCUGAUUGGGACGGCGCAGGCAUUUGUAAAAAGCAAGACUGGAUGCCUCUGA